UUAUUCAAGUACUUCUUGACCUGUUCAACAGCACAUGCCUUCAGUUUAAGUCUUUCUGGGAUAUAUAACUACAUAAAUCCGCAUAUGAAGAACAUGUACUUUCAAAAACUGAACAAGUCACCACCAGGCGCCAGUGAAAGUCACACCAACAGUUCUGUUCUACAGGCGAUGUCUUAUAUCUACGUGCUUAUUCAUGAAAAUAAAACCAUCGACGACAUGCUGUCAAACAUCAAUUUGGGAAAAGCGCGACUUCUUCAGGAUACGUUGAUCGACAGUGACUCCGACAAGGCUCACGUAAUCCUAGAAAAA